AUGAUGUUGCAGUCGCAUUCAAGGUUUCUCCUCCAGACGCUGUUGACGCGAGCUCAGAAUCUUGAUAAAGCAGUGGAGCUAGAUUAUCAAUGGAUCGAGUUCGAUGAUGUUCGUUACCAUGUUCAGGUGACAAUGAAGAAUCCAAACAUCUUGUUGCUUUCGGUCUCGUUACCAAACCCACCACCAGAAGCAAUGUCCUUUGAUGGACUUCCUUUAGGAGCUAUAGAAGCUAUUAAAACCUCUUACGGGACUGGAUUUCAAAUACUUGAUCCUCCUAGAGAUGGUUUUAGUCUUACAUUGAAGCUCAAUUUCUCUAAAGUUCGUCCAGAUGAAGCGUUCAGGAACUCUUUGUUAACGAAGCUAGCUUCCAUUAGAGAAGUAGUUAUGGGUGCUCCGUUGAAAAUCAUACUCAAACAUCUAGCUUCGAGGACUGUUGCUCCUGAGCUGGAUAGGCUUGUUGCAAUCAUGCAUAGACCCAACGAGACCUUCUUCCUCGUGCCUCAGGCGGAUAAAGUAACCGUGGCUUUCCCUAUGAGAUUUAAAGACUCUGUUGACACUAUUCUAGCAACUUCUUUCCUAAAGGAGUUCGUAGAGGCGAGGCGUGCUGCUGCGCUUAGUAGUGCUCCUUCUUGUUCUUGGUCUCCAACGGCACCUCAGGAGUUAGAAGGAGCUCCUAAAGAAACACUAUCUGCUAAUGCCGGUUUCGUAACUUUUGUCAUCUUCCCUCGGCAUGUUGAGGGGCAAAAGCUCGAUCGUACUGUCUGGAAUUUGUCAACCUUUCAUGCUUAUGUUAGUUACCACGUCAAGUGCACAGAGGGAUUUAUGCACACCAGGAUGCGGCGUCGUGUGGAGUCUAUGAUUCAGGCUCUGGAUCAAGCUAAGCCAUUGGAGAAAACAAGAUCGAUGAACAACAAGUCGUUUAAAAGACUAGGAAUCAACGAUGUUAAUCACACAAAUUCGAAGUAG